AUGGACACUGUAUUCAUGGAAGUCUCCUCAGCUGCCCGGGAAUCACACAAAGCUCAAAAGAUCCUUCAAGAACAACGAAAAGCAGCAAAGCCACACUCCCAGAUUCUUGCAGAUGCUAAACGGGUAUGGGCACUUGCACGCCAAAAGAAUAUCCCUACUUCAGAGCGUCAAAAACAUGUUCGGGACUUAAUGAACACGAUAAGAGGGAAAGUAAAAGAAAUCGUCUUCAAACAUGACGCCAGUAGGAUUAUACAGACUGUAGUCAAGUACGGUGGCCCGGCGGAAAAAAAUGCUGUCGCUGAGGAACUAAAAGGGAAAUACCGGGAGCUGGCACAAAACAGAUACUCCAAAUUCUUAGUGACAAAACUGAUUCGAUCGUGCCCGUCACAUCGAGCCUCAAUAUUACUUGAAUUUCACGGCCAUGUUCUCAAACUCUUAUUACACGGAGAGGCAUCGUCGGUACUUGCGGACGCAUUUGAGCUAUACGCAAACGCCUAUGAAAGGUCAAUUUUAUUACGCGAGUUCUAUGGUAAGGAGACGGCUCUAUUCACGUCCACGAAUAUGACGGAGGCAGAAAAGGAGAAAGCAAAGAAAGGUCUGGUGGGAGUGUUGGAGGGUGCUGAUAAGGAGCGCAGAAGAAGGACUUUGGCCUCCUUGAAAGAGGCUUUGGUGUCGAUAUUCAAUAACCCUGAUAAAGGUGCGGUGACCCACGCGAUAGUCCAUCGUGCUCUCUGGGAAUACCUCGCCUCUGUCAACGAAUCGCCGGAAGAAGCUGAACGAGAAAAAAUCAGGAGAGAGAUAUUCGAAAGCUGUCAGGACAUCAUCCCGGAAAUGGUUCACACUAAGGAUGGUAGCCGUGCGGUGCGCGAAUUCCUCGCACAAGGAAGUGCCAAAGAACGUAAACAAAUACUUAAGGCUUUCAAACUACACAUCGAACGAAUGUGCUUAGAUGAUGAAGCCCAACAGGUGCUGUUUACAGCUAUAGAUGUCAUCGACGACACCAAACUCGUACAAAAAAACAUUGUUGCCCAGAUGACAGAGUCUGCCUCCGCUCUAGUUUCGACACCACAAGGCCGUCGGGCACUAUUUUACUUGCUUGUUCCACGCACUCGCCGUCAUUUUACACCCGCACAAAUAGCUUUCCUUGCCGAGACGGACAAAGCACGUUCAACAACAAGUAAAAAAGACUCUGAAGUCAGGACGUCAGAAAUUCGCAGUUUUGCGAGUGAAGGUCUCUUGUCUUGGGUUGCUAAAAAGGGACCAGAGGUCUCUAGAGACCCCGGUGGUAGUUUGGUCGUCACUGAGAUCAUGUUAUUUGCUGAUGGUGAUAAAUCACCUGCGAUUCAAACCUUACUCGCUGCCAUCUCAAUACCUUAUCCAUCAUUGGAUGCCUCGCUACCACACCCAAUUGAUUUACCGCACACCUCUCGGCUGUACAAAACGCUUUUACAAGGAGGUCACUUCAAUCACAACACGAAAUCCGUUCACAAAGCAACUUCGUGGGAUGCUCUCAACUUUGCGACUCAGCUUGCGGACAGUAUCGAAAAAGAAGUGGUUUUAGCUAUGUGUUUGAAGGGCGAAAAGAAUGGUACUUUUGUCAUCGCAGAACUAUGUGGAGCGCUGGCGGUUGAAGGGAGUACGACUGCCGGGAGCACGGAAGCGCGAAAGAGGUUAAAAGAUUGGUUUGAUUCAGAUGUUAAAAAGCAGAUUGCUUCAGAGGAUGGGAAAGGGAAGCAGGUUUUACUCGAUAGUUUAGAACGUCUCUAG